UCCUCCUGAGUUGUUGAACUGCUUCGUAUUAUUGAUCUGCCUGGUCCAUCCAAAAACAGCAGAUGGCUCCAACGGCUGAAUGAUCUGUGUAACGCCCAGUGGGGUUUGCUGUGUGUCUCUCUGUCUCGAACUAUUUCGAAAAUACGACUUUCAUCAUGGAUAGCCAACACAUUAUUUACAUCUUUGGUCAAUGUCUUAUUGUGCUUCAAGCAGCCAUUUUUUUCCUGAGCAUGGUCGACGCAGCAGCUGACAUUUCGACAACCCUUCCACCAAAUUUUGUCCCCGUGAUCGAUGGUGCAGUAACAGUGAGGCCAGCUGACCUUCCCGAAAUUCUGUCUGUUCCCGACGCCAAAGGGGAAAUUUGCACGUUAGCAAGCUUAGAAGCGACGAUCGUGAUCUGGCCAGAAGGCGAUGAAUCACGCAAUGUGCAAAUCAAAAUGCCCGAUCGCGACGUGAACGUCUCGACCGUUCAAAAUUGCUUCAACAAUCCAUCGUCAUCGGUCAAACCACUUUUGGUAGUCACGUGGUCGUCGUCCUUUCAACUGUGCUUCUACAUCUCCAAAGACGAAAACCAGUGGAGUCUGGAUCAAAUCGUCUUCGCCUUCAACACUUCAGAAGUUCCGCUCGGUAUCGUCAAAAGUGAAUUGAGGACGUUUAGGAGCGAGGCGAAUGCUCUGUCAGACCUGAAAGCUCCGCUUGGAUCCUUCUAUCGUUGCUUUUCUCCCAAGCCGUUGUCCUUAUUACCGUUAGAUGGCGACAGUGUUGUUUUGGGCCAAAAUAAGAGUCAAAAUAUCCAAGAUAAAGCUUUUCUUCGUCUCAGCAAUUUCGAAUUGCAGCCAUUUCUCGGUGAUCUGAAAGAGUUUGGAGAAGAGGUUGUUUGCCGUGAAGAUGUGAUAACGAAACGUCAUCGACGUCGUCGAGAUUCUAGCGUGACGAUUGCGGUUGGCAGUUCCCUAGCUGUCAUUUCCGUCGUGACCGUGAUGGGCUACGCCAUUUUCCGUUACGUCAAGGUCAAGGCUGUCGGUUAUGAUACCAUGAAAUAAUCGAUUUAGUUUACAGAAAAUAGUCAACAGCAUCAGACCGCACUAGGGCUUCAGAGAAAGAGGCAGAUCAAUAAAAACAGGUUUGAUCAGCAGAUCCUUUAAUUUGAAUAAUUUUUCAAGUAUUCAAAAGUUAAUAAAAGAAGUAUUACAUAUCAUUUGUAAUAAUCAGAUGUGCCACUCAGCAGUUAACCCAAGUCUUCCAUGAUCCGUAUUAUUUUUUACGUAAAUUAAUGUACUGUCCUGAUGUAUUUACGCCUGGCCCGCCCUCUUUUUGAAUAGUUUUUCAUAGGCUUUCCUCGUAUACGUUGCAGUGUGUAUUGUUACGUCUAGUAGACUGAAUUCAUACAAAUGUUUCAUUACAUGUA